GCGCAGUCUCGCGCUCGGGUCAGUUUAACGCAGGCGCGAGGAGCUAGGGGAGUGUAGCCACGCUUGUGGAAGCCGGAGGUUUGGAAAAAAAAAAGACAGCGCUGCACAGACACCGUCUCGGAGCGAGCCAUGGCUGAAGGCGAGGGAUUCGUGGUGCGCGUUCGGGGGCUGCCCUGGUCGUGCUCGGUCGAAGAGGUCCAGAGGUUUUUCUCAGAUUGCAAAAUUGCGAACGAUUCGAAUGGCAUCCACUUCACCUACACCAGAGAGGGCAGGCCAAGUGGAGAAGCGUUUGUAGAGCUGGAGACGGAUGAGGACUUGAAAAUUGCCGUUAAGAAAGAUAGGGAGACGAUGGGACACAGAUACGUUGAAGUGUUCAAAUCAAAUAAUGUUGAAAUGGACUGGGUUCUGAAACACACUGGUCCCAACUGCCCUGAGUCUGCUGGGGAUGGACUGGUGCGACUCAGAGGGCUUCCCUUUGGCUGCAGCAAAGAAGAAAUAGUUCAGUUUUUCUCAGGGUUGGAAAUCGUGCCAAAUGGGAUAACAUUGCCGGUGGACUUCCAGGGGAGGAGUACGGGGGAGGCCUUCGUGCAGUUUGCUUCACAGGAUAUAGCUGAAAAGGCUCUAAAGAAACACAAGGAAAGAAUAGGGCACAGGUAUAUUGAGAUUUUCAAGAGCAGCCGGGCGGAGGUCCGUACCCACUAUGAGCCUCCGCGCAAGGCCAUGGGCAUGCAGCGCCCUGGGCCCUACGACCGGCCGGGGGGCGGGAGGGGCUACACCAACAUGGGCCGCGGCGGCUCGUUCGACCGGAUGCGCCGGGGAGGCUACGGCGGCGGCUAUGGUAGUUAUGAUGACUACAAUGGAUACAGUGAUGGCUAUGGUUUUGGCUCCGACCAGCGGUUUGGACGAGGUACUGAAGGGGUGUCGGACGGCCGCUAUGGCGAUGGGAGUUCCACAUUCCAGAGCACGACGGGCCACUGCGUGCACAUGAGGGGUCUGCCCUACAGGGCCACAGAGACCGACAUCUACAACUUUUUUUCCCCGCUGAACCCAGUGAGAGUUCACAUCGAGAUUGGCCCGGAUGGCCGAGUGACAGGAGAGGCUGAUGUGGAGUUUGCAACACAUGAGGAUGCUGUGGCUGCCAUGUCUAAAGACAAAGCAAACAUGCAACACCGCUAUGUAGAGCUGUUCCUGAAUUCCACAGCUGGGGGUAAUAAUGGAGCUUAUGGAAGCCAGAUGAUGGGGGCAAUGGCAAACCAGUCUACUUACGGCCCCAGUAACCAGCAGAUGGGCGGCGGAUACACAGGGGGCUACAGCAGCCAAGCAAGUAUUGGCGGCUACGGUGAGUACAGUAAUCAAAGUGGGAUGAGCAGCAGCUACUACGGAAGUGGAAACCGCGGCUCCAUGGGGAUGAACGGGAUGGGCGGAAUGUCGAACAGCAUGAACAUGAGCGGAGGGUGGGGAAUGUAACCCCUCCGUGGGUGUUGGGAAGGGGGGGGGGGAGUGGGGAUCCUGUACAAAUUUAAUUUUCUACUUCAACAUGGAGACUUUGGAGCUGCAAUAACAGAUUAGUUGGUUUGCUUUCUGGACGUGGAGAUCGGGGUUGUCAAAUCACUGAAAUGUUAUUUCCAGGUUGGUAGACGGUCUAGACAGAAACAGCCCCUGGGAUGUCGCUCUCAGACCUGUGUGUAUGAUUUUUGAUUUCCUUCUCUUCUCUUCCGUUUGUAUGUACUUUUUAAGUUGCUGUAGAGAAUUUUCUCCGUAAACAGAAAGGCCAGAGGCCUGAACUAGGGUCUAGAGUGAGCGCAAUUUGAGAAGCUGUUCCUUAUGUUGUUUUUUUGAAUGCAUGAACCAACAUGCUUUUGUAAAUAUGAUGAAGAUAUGACUGCUGUUUUCAGUUCUGAAGCUGCAAGGAUUUCCAGCCAUUUCCAUUUUCCUGAGGUCUAAGACCUUGCAUUGGUGUGAACCUGGGUUUUUAUAUUGUCGAAGAGCAUGUUUGAGUUGCUUUUUUUAAAAUUAGUGGAAGUUACCUUACAACGCAAUACAAAGCAACAUUUUAAACCUUUUCUUUUGUGAUGGAAGUACGAUUCUAUUGCAUUGUGAUCCUUUGUUUGUGAUUCUGUAUUGCGCAGAAUAAAUAAACUUGUUACACUGUGGUUAA